AUGUCGUUUCUUUCCCCCGCCGUCGUCCACGAAUGGACCCAAACUGCCGUGGCCAGCCUACCGCCCCCGGCCCAGCAGGCGCUAUUGCACCCACUCGUCCCCAAAGCUAUCGGUGCUGUGCUGGCACUCACUGCGCUGCGCCAGACCAACCGCGUACUCAACACCCUGUCGCUUAACAAUUUGGGCAGCCGGACUUGGAACAAUAAUCGCGAGCUGGUUCUCGUGACAGGUGGAUGUAGCGGUAUUGGCAAGCAGAUCAUGACUGAGUUGUCCAGCCAGGGCGCCCGAGUCAUCAUCCUGGAUAUUCAAGAACCCUCCUUCAAGCUCCCUCCCAAUGUAACCUUCUACAAAGCCGACAUCACCUCCUCCACCGCCCUCCACCCCGUGGCCGAGCAGAUCCGCUCCGAGCAUGGUCAUCCUACAGUGCUGGUCAACAACGCAGGGGUGGGCCAUGAUGGAACCAUCUUGGAGGAACCCGAGGCCAAGAUCCGACAGACGUUCGAGGUCAAUACAAUUUCGCAUUUCAUAACGGUGCGGGAGUUCCUCCCCGCCAUGAUCGAGCGCAACCACGGCCAUGUGGUGACAGUGGCGAGUAUGGCCAGUUUUGUGGCGUUGGGGGAGAUGAUUGAUUACUGUUGUUCGAAGGCGAGUGCGUUGGCGUUCCAUGAGGGGCUAGGGCAGGAGUUGAAGUAUUGGUUUAAGACGACGGGAGUGAAGACUAGUGUGGUUCACCCAUUUUGGGUGCGUACGCCCAUGAUCCAGCAAUUAACGGACGCGGGCAACGAGUUCAAGCAGCCGGUCUUGACGGUCGAGCGGGUAGGAAAUGCCAUUGCGAAGCAGAUUUUGUCUGGGAAGAGUGGGCAAGUCAUCCUGCCAGAGAGGUACUGGGUGGCCAGUCUGGUGCGGGCAUUUCCGACGUGGAUGCAAGAGCGGGUGAGGGCGCUGGCAUCGGCGGAUUUGCUGCAUUUGCGGGAGUGGCAGCAGAAGCAGUGAUACCUAG